GUGGUUGGUGCCGCUGUUUAUUCGUCUGAGAUGUCUCCGGAAAAUAUGGCUAUCUCCUAAAUAAGAGGAACCAUGACUUGAGACAGCUGUUGACAGCCUUGAAAAGGUACUGUUGCCUAGCAACCGGAGGUUCCAAAAUAUCAACAUUUUGAGACUGGCGCAAAGCGGUGUUGUGUCGGUAUAUUGCGUGAAAAUGGUAAUUUUAGGCAUUAUUUUCAGGUAGUUGUUGAUAUGUAGUUACACGGUUUCCAAAUCAUCACCGUUUUUCUUUGAGUUUGCUUUUAUUAAGUUAAUUUUUCGUUAGUUGUCGAUAAGAGAGCAAAGAUGAGAGAUCUUGUCCAGUUUGUGAGACAACUCUGGGAAGAUCGCCUUCAGUCAGUGGAAGAAUUCACUAAAGAAAAUAAUCUGAGCUUAGAAGAGGCGUUACAGAUGCGAAACAAGGAGCUGGAAGGGUGCAUGAAGGACCUGGAGUCUCAGACGGACGCGCUGCUCGAUGCGUUGGAGGAGGCCGACAGCCUGCUGGCCUCGCCGCGCCGUGAUGACGAGAAGCUGCACAGGAAGCUGGCUCUGGGCGAGUGUCUGCAGCGCAUCGGCAAACAGGAGGAGGAGGCCGAGCGCGCCUACGACCAGGAGAAGGUGGCGUUCCUGCGCCAGGCGCGCCAGCUGCUCAUCGACAGCUUCCAGGGCGACUCGCCCGUGCUCUCCGCCUCCAGCCUGGUGGAUGACGUAAAGGAGGCAGGCGAUGAAGCCGAGGACACAGCCGCCGUGCAGGAGAAGGAGGCACUCCAGCUGUCCGAACCGAUCAGGAUCCUCACCGAAGAGCACGAUAUGCAAACGGACACCACGCCGUGCGAGGAAACCGCCACACAAACACGAGCUCUGAUCGCAAAGAAAAUCAAAGCCUUGAAAAAGCAGACCGACCAGCUCGCUCCGAAAAUACUCCGCCGAGAGAAGGGCGACUCGAAAUCUCCGAAACGAUCUCCGAGACGAUCCUCGCCAGAGUCAGCCAAGAAGAAGCUGAAGGCGAAGAAGGUGGAAGCCAUCACGCCGCAGUACAUCAACGCGCGCCUGAAGAUCCGUGCGCCGUCGCCGCGCCGCCACCGACUGCCCUGGGAGUCUGCCACCGAGGAGGACGGCGACGACGGCUACACGUCCACCGACCUGUCGCCCGCCCUGCCGCCGCAGCCCAACAACUCGGCCGUCUCGCUGGCCGAGCCAUCGGACGACAACAUGGGUUUUGAAACUGCUGAGGAAACAGUAAAUGAACAAGGAAUCAGAGAAAAGAAAGAAAAAGAAAAGGCACGUAAAGUCAGCAAGUCACCAAAACGAACAAAGGCCACCAAAAAGGCAAAAAGCCCUAAGAGGGCUGAGGACGCAGCUGAGGGCGGCCAGCAGCAGCCGGUAGCACCCGCUGCUCCGGCCGGCCUCGUCCCCGACAUCGGGCAGGGCGAGGGAGGCCGGCCCAGACGCCGCCGCUCCAAGACGCAGCGCUCGCAAAUGAAAUCCUCGGGUGCUGCCGCCGCCGAAUCCAGCGACGAAGAGGGCGAGCGCCGGCGGCGGGCGGCCGAGCCGCACGGCGACGGCGGCCGGCCGACGCUGAGCCGACGCCGCUCGCCGCGCACCACUGGAGACGGCUCGGCAGCGGUUCCCGAACGGAGAGCCACCGCCCCGGCACGCGGCGCCCGCGCCAAGCACGCCCUCAGCCCGCCGCCGGCCAGUCACGUCUACUGUCUCCCCGUGGUGCCGCAGCCCGCCGAUCUGAACGCGGUGGCAGCUGCCGCGGCGGCCGCCGCUGCCGCCGCUCAGUCUGACAGUAAACUGAUGCAGGUCGAUCUUGAGUUGGGAGCCAAACAGCGUGCUGUGCAGCCGCGGCCCACUAGGCGCAAACGCUGCUCGGGCGGCGGAGACACGAUGAGCGUGCAGAGCUUCAACAGCGCCGAGGACGGCCGUGGUCGCGGCGGUCAGGAGCUGGCCAGUCCCCGGCCGGUGAGGCCCGCCGUCCAGCCGCCGGCCGAGCCCGACCUGCACGGCGCCACUGGCGGAGGGCUGGCUGCUGCGGCGCCCGGCUUCCACUGGGAGUCGGGCCACACGCUCUACCAGCCGGAGGCGGCCUCGGGCGCCUCCGGCGCAGCCCCGCGGGACGAUCCGUGGCUGUACCGCCUGCAGCAGCAGCGCGAUCUGACCCUGGACCUGCCGCCGGCCGACGGCUCGCCCGAUGGUGAUAAGCAGCAGCCGGCGGGCGGCGAGGACAGCGGGUUCCAGUCGGAGGCGCCGCCGCGCAGUCCGGCCGGCACCAUCUAUGUGCCACCGCUGCCGCUGCCGCUGCUAACCACCAGCGACGCGUCCGAGGCGGCCUCGCCGCAGCCGCGGCCGAAGUCGGACACGGAGAUUGCCAGUUUGGGCACUCCUCGCUCGCCGAGCCGCGGCGGGGCGCGCGUCACUAGUCCCGUUCGUCAGGUGGAGAGAUCCUUCUCCUGUGAGGUGCCCACGAAGAAGCAGCGCUGCGCCGAGGAGCCGGCGGCCCAGCCGGUCAGUCCGGGCUCCGGGGACCAGCCUGCAGUAGCGCUGGGACCUCGGCGGUCGUCACUGAAGAGCCGGGACACCGCUCCGGCGGACACAGCUCAGAACCAGGAGACGCCGAGCCCUCCGGCCAGCCCGUCCACCGGCUAUACACCGCAGCCGUCCCCGGCGGAACACACGGGCAGUGACGGCUCCGAGUACCGCGACUGCGUGGCGCCGGCGCCGGCCGAGCUGCCGGCCGCCGCUCCCACCGAACCCAGCCCGGCGCCGGCAGACACAGCGGCCACACCGGCCUGCAGCACGGGCCCCGUGUCCCCGACCUCGCCGGCCGCCGAGCCGCCGCAGCCAGCCGCCCCCGCCACCGCCCCCGCCCCCGCUCCGGCCGUGGCGGCGGCUCCGAGCACCUCAAACACGACGCUGCUGCGCCGGGACUACGAGCAGCUGCGGAUUGCGCUGGCGGAGCUGAAGGAGCUGCAGACCAGCUUCCAGAAGGACUUUGCAGCCAACGAGCAUGCGAAGGAGGCCUCCAGCCGUCUGCAGUCGGACAUUCAGCGCAUGGAGACCAGCAUUCAAGAUCUACAGGGCAUUGUAUCGCAGGAGUACGAACAAACGCGCCAGGACCACGAGGAGACCCGCGCGGCCAUUGAGCAGAUCGAGACUCGGGUCCAGGAGAGCGAACGAGUCACCCAGUCGCAGCUGAACGAGCUGCGCGCGCGGCUCGAGCAGAUCACCGACAAGAUGACUCGCCUUGAGGGCGACGUCAGUCGGGAGAAGGCUCUGACCGAGGAGAAGGAGGCUUCUGCGGCGGCACCGAACGUGCUGACGCUCAGCUCGAUGCUGACGCGGCUGGAGACGGAGGUGAUCACGCUGCGUCACGAGGUCGACUCGAAUCGUCACUCGAUCGACUCUAUCACGUCCGUCACGCAGCUGGAUUCCCCGAAACCGUCACCCGGCUCUGGACUGCAUGACCAGAGCAACACGAGCGACUGGCAGGAGACGGGUCGCACUGACGCCACCCAGGACUCGGCGCCGGCCGGUGCUGGGGACGCCAGCGAGCUACGACAGGAGCAGAAGCAGCAGACGACGGCGAGCGGAGCGGCGACGGCGGCCCAGCCGGCCCGACAGCAGACGGAGACGCGCCCCGAGGACUUGGACAGUUUCAAGGACUCCAAUUCGGACAUGAUGAGCACCGCAGAAGAGGGUAAUGACGAGCCGGAGCGGACGCAGCAGUCGAGGAGGCAGCAGCAGCCGCCGCCGCCGCAGCAGCAGACGGGACAGCAGGCUGGCCAGCAGGCGGCGGCCCAGCCGUCCCGCCAGCAGCGCCAGCGGGCCUCCCAGACGGAGAUGCCCGAGCAGCGCCGACCAGCCAUCGUUUCUCCGCUCAAGAUGGUCGGCGGCCGGCGCAGCAUCAGCUGCUGCCGGCGCCACCAGCCGGAGGUGCUGCGCCAGCUGCGUCAGAUGCACCUGGCGCCGCCGCCGCCACCGCCAGCGGCGCCAGCCAGCGGCAAGCGCAGCCGAUCGGCGGCUCCCCCGGGUGUCAGGGAGGAGAGUGAGUACGACUCACCGCUGCAGGACUACUGGGCGGCCGACCUGAGCACCGCCAGUGCCAGCACGGAGGCGCCGCGGGUCAACGAGUCCACUCGCGUGCACCACGGUUCUUCCCGCCAACCUUCCGCCCAGUCGGAGGAGCGCCAUCGCAAGGCGGACGCCUUCCUCGCCCGGUUAGACAACCAGGGUGGCGGCACCUCUGACAAGCUGGACCAGCUGCAGCACAAGCUGCUGAGCCUGCGCCGGCGCGUGCUGCUGAGUAUGUACCGCCGCCAGCGGCGUCGCGCCGUCUCCGAGGGCCCGCGCGGCAGACAGGCCGAUCAGCAGCAGCAGAGGCGGCGCGCCCAGCUGGCAGCCAUCGACCGUCGGCUGCGACAGCGCAUCCACGGCUGGAACCGGCGCCUGCUGGCGGAGGCCGGCUACCAGGGCUCGUCCACGCUCAGCCCAGGUGACGUCAUCUCAGACUCGUCCGUCAACAGCCGCGAGUUUCGCCGCUCGUCGGAGCCGGCGAGCGACUCGGGCUCGCCGCCGCCGGCACCGGCGCCGGGCUCGGCGUCGCAGCGCGCCGCCAGCGAGUACCUCCACCAGCUGAGCCACAUGCUGGCCACCUCAGCCGAGCGCGAUGGCGCGAAGGCGCGCGCUGCGUCUCGUGGUCGCCAUCGGGAGCGGACGCUGAGUCCUCCGACCAAGGACCCGAGCGCUGCCGAGUUCAGGCCGGGCCGCCGCCGCCGCCCGGCCGCCGUCAACGAACCUGGCGAGCACAUGGAACGGUUUGCUCGGAACGAGUCGAAGCUGGUGGAGCUGCAGGAGUACCUGGGCGGCAUCCGGCAGCACCUGCAGCGCAUGGCCUCGGAGCUGGACUCGCCGCCGUCUGCCCUGUCGGCAGCGGCGGCCCGCGGCGCGCGCGGCGUACCCGUCACACAGGCUGUCGUAUUCCGACCCUGGACCCGUCGUCACCGCUCUGUAUCGUCACACAGACCCAUGGUCUCGCUGAGAUAUUGAUGUCCGGUUAGGUUCAAACUCGCCAGACCCUGAACGCGUCUUGGAGAUGGGUGUGUUCAGCGAUCAGCGUUCGCGGAUUGUCGGGUGGAUUUGGUUGUCAGCUGUGUCCCGUGCGGUCGAAAAAUUGUAAUGUGAUUCUUCAUAAUGGUCUAGUCCGCGACGAGUGCUGUGAAAACGCAGUGUUUUUGUGUUGUCAUGGUGCUUAUUUAUCAGAUGUUCUCCUAGAGUCAGUUAAUGAGCAAAAUUAUGUGAAUGAUAAUAAAUUAAUCAAAGUAAUCGA